CCCCUCGACCCCUACGACCUGCCCGGCCCCAGCUACUCCACCCCGGGCCUGGGCGCCUUCGCGGGACCCCCGGCACCGACCCCCGCCCGCGCCCCCCGAGCCCGCCCCCGGCGCAGCCGCGACGAGACGCUGACGCCGGAGGAGGAGGAGAAGCGCCGAGUGCGCCGAGAGAGGAACAAGUUGGCGGCGGCCAAAUGUCGGAACCGGCGCCGGGAACUCACGGACCGGCUGCAGGCGGAGACGGACCAGCUGGAGGAGGAGAAGGCGGAGCUGGAGUCGGAGAUCGCGGAGCUGCGCAAGGAGAAGGAGCGCCUGGAGUUCGUGCUGGUGGCCCACGCGCCCGCCUGCAAGGUCCCCUUCGAGGACGUGGGCGAGGUGAGCACCCCGGGCAAGGCGGGGGCCGCCGCCGCCUUCCUGCCCCCGGCGCCGUUCCAGGGCCCCCCGGGCCCCUUCCCGGGCUGCUGCCUCGCGCCGGGGGUCCCCGCGGGACCCCCUAACGCGGCCCCCCCCGCGUUUGUGUUCACCCACCCAGAGGGAGCCGCGUGCGGAGCCUCGUGCGGAGCCUCGCACCAGCGGAGCAGCGGCAGCGACCAGUCCUCGGACUCCUUGAACUCCCCCUCGCUCCUCGCGUUGUGAACCAUGGGGGGGGGUCG